GCCUAUACUUCCGGAAAGAAAAAUUCCUGAUCAUUUUCUUAUUUUUAUGAAUAACAUGCUAAAUUUACCGAUUACAUUUGGCUGAUACUACCUUCUCCAUACUGAGCGUAUUUUAAAGUAUUUCUACUGGCUGGAAGAUAACCUGUUAAGUGUUCACUCGUACAAAAAUGCAUGGAAGAAUAAAGGUCAAAACUACAGCAGAACAGCAGGAAGCAAAGAGAAAAGAAAGAGAGAAAAAGUUGAAACUUUACAAUGCUGGCACUAAAGCUGCAUUUAAAAAGAGAGGAAAUGGAGAAUAUGAUGAAGAGGGCUUGAAGAUAACAGGAGAAAUUCUUGCUGUUAACCCUGACUUCUAUACACUAUGGAACUUUAGAAAAGAAAUAUUUGUUCAUUUUCUUCAAACUAGAGAAACAGAUGAGGUUCAGAAGAUAAUGGAUAGUGAAUUAUAUUUUCUGGAGAGUUGUUUAAAGGUAAAUCCUAAAUCCUAUGGUACCUGGCACCACAGAACUUUUAUUAUGGAGAACAUGCCUAAACCAGACUGGGAUAGAGAAUUACAACUGUGCAAUACUUUCUUAGAUUAUGAUGAAAGAAACUUCCAUUGUUGGGAUUACAGACGUUUCGUUGUAAUGAUGGCAGAAGUUAGCCUGGAUGAUGAAUUAGGUUUUACUACACAAAAGAUAACCACAAAUUUCUCUAACUAUUCAUCCUGGCAUUACAGAAGUAAACUUUUACCCAUGUUACAUCCUGAUCCUACACAACCAGCAUGGGUACAAGAAGAUGUCAUUUUAAAAGAAUUUGAAAUAGUUCAAAAUGCAGUAUUCACAGAUCCUGAUGACCAAAGUGCUUGGUUUUAUCACAGAUGGCUUUUAGGCAGAGGCAAGAAAAAGCAGCAGAUAAGUUGUAUUCAUGCUUCCAGAAAGACAAAACAAAUAACUGUGUUAUUAACAAGACCAAUUAUGGUUGGAAGAGGGAACAGUUUAAUACUAAGUAUACAUGGAAAAUCUGUAGCCGGACAAUGGAAAACCCCAACAGGAAGUUCUUCAUUUAGUGUACUAUGGAUAAAAGAUUUAACAGAAAGUAUACCAGAAGAGAAAGAGGUUUCUGUAUCAGUAACACUAAUACCUGAUAUAGAUAAAGAUACCCAGUUUUCUCAAGGACUACAGAUAGAUGCAGACCAAGAAGAGGCUUGGGUAAUGGCAGACUUUAAAUCAGGAUCACGCUUUAGUAAUGAAUUGAGUGCUGCUACAAGUUCAACGUUAGAAACUGAAUUAGAAUCCAUUAAAGAAUUACACGGUGUAGAACCAGAUAAUAAAUGGGUACUUCUUACAAUGUUUUCACUGAUGAUGGCUAUAGAUAGAACACAUUCCAUGUACAAGUUAGAAAUAAGAGAAUGCAUAGACCAAUUGAUACAAGUUGAUCUCAAGAGAGAGGCUUAUUACAGAGAUACAAAAAGCAAAUUCAUCCUGCAGAGUAUACUAGAAACUCAGGACAAAAAUGUCAGAGAAAUGUCCCUGAAAGAUGAAGGACUUACUGCACUUUAUCACACUGAAUGGAUGUUGCUGUUAACCUCAAUUGAUCUUUCCAAUAAUGCUUUGUCCACAGUCAGGUUACUUUCAAAUCUUAGGUGCCUUAAGAGUUUAUGUCUAGAUAACAACCAUUUAAAAGAUUUGGAUGGAUUACAACACUGUCACCAGUUAUGUGAAUUAUCAGUUAAAAUAAAUGAAUUGAAUAGUGCAGAAGAUUUAUAUAUUCUAGAGAACAACAAAUGUUUAGUGAAGAUUAAUGUCUAUGGAAAUCCUUUGUGUCGUUACAAAGACCACACUACAAAGAUCAAAAGAAAAAUUCCUUCCCUGCUUUCUAUAGAUGAUAAUAAAUGUACAUCAGCACCAUCAUAGUAUAAAGUAUUCUAUACAUAAGUAAAUAAUUCAUGAAAGAAAUAUUCUGUAACUUGCAAGGGUUUAUUUAGGACUAUUCAAGGAAAAAUGUAUGGGAGGGUUGGAGACCACAUAAUAUUUUUUUCGGGAUAAUAAGGGUUGAAGCAAAUACAAUUCGGUUUACAAAUGAAAAUAAAAAUUAUGGGUGGUUGGGUAUAAAAAGAGUUUUUUUCUUUCCCCUCCUACAUUUUUUCCUGGAAUAGCCCUCUACCAGAAUUAAGUCAUUCACACAUUAUGUUCUGUUUUUCGAACUAUUUUAUUUUGAAACUGAUUUAUGUUAGGUAUUGUUAUUUAAUUUUUUUUUAUUUAUUUAUACAUUUAUAGUAUUAUUACUGUUUUCAAUGUAGUUAAACAAUGCAAGAUCCAAUAAAAUUUAAGAAAUAAACAUAAUUUAUGCUAUUUGUGUGUGUCUAAAAUAUUGGCUAUACACAAACAGAUAGUACAUGUAUCAUCUAUUUCUGGCUAAAAUUUACACAUGUCAAAUUUACACAUGUGAUGUUAUUGCUAGAUUUAAGCACCAUCCAUGGAAAAUAAGUAAAAAAAAAAACACUGUAUGAAAUGUAUGAAAGUGUAUGUUAAGACCCUUUUUGAGAGAUGUAGACUUGAUAUGGAAAACAGAACAUUACUUUGAAUGGCCUUUGCAAUAUUGAUUUUACCAUAUAUUACCACAAAAAUUGUUCAGAGAAAUUAAUUGGACUUAAGUUUAUAACCUUCCAUAGUUUAUUUCCAUGAAUUGCACAGUUGAUUAUUAUUAAUUCCUGUAUAAGUAUUGAUUAUUAUUAAUUCCUGUAUAAGUAUUGAUUAUUAUUAAUUCCUGUAUAAGUAUUUAAUGUAUUGUUGGCUAUUAUAUUAACAAAAGAAUUAAGGUUGUUUUUACUUAGUCGAUCGUUAAGUAAGUGUUAUAUCAUCUAUGCAUCCAGUCAAUGUUAUGAAUAAUAAGCAUUCAUUGAGUAAAUUUGAUUUUCAUUGGCAAGAGUCCUUAUCUAUAUAAAUAAAGAUGGUCUACUAUACAGCAGUUCAGCUCAAUCAUUAAUUAUUAUCUUAUUCCAUCUUGCAUGAAAACAGGAUCUGAUAAAAUGAUUUUUGUUUUUUUGUGCAGAACAAAGUUGUAAUAAUGUUGCAGCUUUUAAUGUAGCUUCUUUAUGAUCAUCUACAAAUCCAAAGUAAUGCUUUUAUUUUCACUCAGGAGCAAUACAGUUUUCAAAUUAUGUAUCAGUUUUCCUAUGUCUUUCAACUUAUAAAAAACUCAGACCCAAAUAGCUCACAUAUUUAGAAUAAUACAUAAUCAAGGAAAGUGUUUCAGUUGAUAUUAUGCGGAUACAUCUUACAGAACUGAAUAUGCAUGACAUUUUUGCCACUGGAUAUUAAAACUAUGACCAGGACCUUUCUCAUCUCUCUCACUGAACUUAGUUUGAAAGACGGAGUUUUUCGUUCUUUCUUGUAGAAUUAUUGUCACAAUCUAUAUUUUCUGUUUUAAAACAAGAAAAGAAUUUAAAUCCUUGUUGUUAGCUUUUACAUCUAAGCUUUAUCGAUAGAGAAGUUUCUGUCAUCCAUAUAUGUAGUCUUAACAAGCUGCAGAUUUUUGGACACAAUGGCAAUGUAAUAACUUAUUUAUCACAUAUAAUAGUUUAUUUAGAUUUGAAUUGUGUACCAAUUUUAUGUUUUUUCAAUAUCAAUAUUUUAAAUUAGUCAGUAUAUUUAUCAUGUGCAGAAUAUAUAUAGCUAUGGCCUUAAAUAGAUAAGAAAAGUGAGUGCUUAAGCUGACCUGAAGGAAAGCUUCUGUUAUUUACAUUAGGACUAUGAAUAACAAGCAACCAAGCUUUUUAUUCUGUGUAUAUAUAUGCGAUCAUUCGUCAGAACCAUAAUUCUCCUAUAGUUGAAAUAAACGUAGAUUAGUUUUAUUUAUUUGACAUUGUGAAAAAUCAAUGAAAAAAACUUAAGAAGCUAAAAACAGCACAAGUCAAUAACAUUACAAAUCAUUCAUUCAAUAUUAAUACAUAUUAAUUGUAUGUACAUUUUCUGAUUUGGAAUGGAAAUAAUUCAUGCAAAUUGAUCACAUGAUACAUGUACCAUAGUUAGUUUUGAAAGUUACCAUGAGAGUGCCUUUUUGCAGAAAUUAAAACCCUUGUCAUGCUCUUGAUAAAAGUUAAAUAUAAAGAUAAGACCUAUUCACGGUAAUCUCUCAAACAAAUCAUGUAUGAGUUAUUGAAUUAUUUUAUUCAUGUAAAUAUGUCAACUCAUUGAAUAUGACUUCAGAAAGUUGGUUUUGAAGGAUUUUGUAUGAAAUUUAUUAUAUUUAACAAGAACAUCAGAAUCAAUGAGUACAAUAUAGUUCAAAUAUGAUAUUUUACCAGAAUGAGUAUUUUUGUCUCGCCUUGAUGGAGUAAAAAAAAAGGUGAAACAUAGGUAUGCUGUUUCCAGCGUUGGUGUCGUCGUCAUCAAUGUAUUGGUUUGCAAUUAGGUCAGUUUAUUGGGAACCACUAGUGGUAGGUCCAUGAUAUUUAGUAUGCAGUUGAAUUAGCACUUGCACAUCUCAUUUCCAUGGAGAUUAUUUGACCCUGCCCCCUCAGUCAUAGUCUAUUGAUUUUGAAACUUUUGCUUAGUUUACAUGUAUUAGUUUGUGAUUAGGUCAGUUUAUGGGGAACCACUAGUGGUAGGUCAAUGAUAUUUAGUAUGCAGUUGAAUUAGCACUUGCACAUCUCAUUUCCAUGGAGAUUAUUUGACCCUGCCCCCUCAGUCAUAGUCUAUUGAUUUUGAAACUUUUGCUUAGUUUACAUGUAUUAGUUUGUGAUUAGGUCAGUUUAUGGGGAACCACUAGUGGUAGGUCCAUGAUAUUUAGUAUGCAGUUGAAUUAGCACUUGCACAUCUCAUUUCCAUGGAGAUUAUUUGACCCUGCCCCCUCAGUCAUAGUCUAUUGAUUUUGAAACUUUUGCUUAGUUUACAUGUAUUAGUUUGUGAUUAGGUCAGUUUAUGGGGAACCACUAGUGGUAGGUCAAUGAUAUUUAACAUGCAGUUGUAUUAGCACUGGCACAUCUCAUUUCCAUGGAGAUUAUUUGACUUUGAAACUUUUGUUUAGUUUACAUGUAUUAGUUUGUGUUAGGUCAGUUCAUGGGGAACCACUAGUGGUAGGUCAAUGAUAUUUGGUAUGCAUAUGUAUUAGCAUUAGCAUAUCUCAUUUCCAUGGAGAUUGUUUGGCCCUGUACCUUCAGUCAUGGUUCAUUGACUUUGAAUAUUUUGCAUAACUUACAUGUUAAAGUAUUGCUAUUUUAAUUUCAACAUAUGCAUUUUACUCUCAAAAUAACAAAAAGGCGAGACACAUCUCUGUGUUAACAUUUAAUUAUAGGUAACACAGCUGGUGUUAAUUAAAUGAUUUCUGGCUACUCUAAUAUUUUCUUUUAUGCAGGUGUGUUCCUGAAAAUGUUUUUUUUUGUCACUGUUGAUAGAAAAUGACCUUAGACUUAGUCUUGGAAGUAAUUUUUCACUCAAUUAUGUAAUAAAUAAAUGAAAGUUAUUGUAUGUAAUGGUUGGAUAUAUUUUAUUUUGAUUUCAUUUUGAAACUUAAGGAGGUUCACUACUCAGUUUCAAAAUAACAAGCUUUUCAUAACACUAGUAUAUAUUGAUAGGGCAUUAAUAAAGGAACCAAAAAAGCAAAAAAUAUAUAUAGGUCAAUUUGCUUGUUUUCGAGAUAUUAGCCAUUGAAAUUUUGGUGGGAAAAUGUUCUCUCUUGAUGUUUCAUAGCUUUAUCAUUGACAAGUUUAAGUUCUCAAAAACUAUUUAAAAAUAACAAAGAUUUUAUGAGACUUUUACAGAUGGCUUAUAAUUAUACAUGUAAAGAUUUAUAAAAAGAAAAAUGGGGGUCAAUGGGCAAAAAUGUGUAAGGCAUUCAAAUGGAUAAAACCAGGGGAUUCUGAAAAUCUGGGCGCUGACUGACCUAAGGGGGGCUCCAGUCAUGCUUCAGUGAUUCCCUAUAUAAUCAACCAAAUUUUUCCCACAAAAGGGGGGGGGGGGUGCAGGGCCCCCCCGCUGGAUCCUCCUAUGCAUCCUUAAGUUAAAGGGGUUUAUUUGCAGCCCUUACUACACAUAUUCCUUUGCUUUACAUUCAUUUUUUUUAAUCAUGACAAUUUUUUUUAUCCAUUAUUGUUUAUACAACCAAAUACUCAAAACAUUAAAGAUGUUUUAUAGUGAAGACAAUGUUCUUAUAGAAAUUGAACUCUGAAUUUCUGCGUCGGUACUUAACUAUCAGUUUAUACAACCACAAAAAAAGGUGGACUUAUUUCACUGAAAAUCUUAAAAGGCCUACAAUGCUAAUAACUUUCAUCCCUGGUUUCUAUAUAAAACGUUUUUUUUUUUAUUUUCAUAUGUAUUGUUUGGAAUAACUUAAUUUUCCUCUCUUACUAACUAUUUUUAUUCUCUUACUAACUAUUUUUAAAUUAUGACCUGUGCACCUUAUUUUUACCUAUUGCCAGAGGUUUUUUUUUCCAAAAUGAAGUGCAAACAAAACCUUUGUCAGCUCAUUUUUUCACAUUACGUGAUAAAUGUUAGUGGUGAAAGAGUACAAUGAUUGAAUAAUUGAUAUUUUACGCUUCUACAUUUAAUGGAUUGUACAAGUCAGUUUAAAGAAUAUAUCAAUUAUAAAAAAUGGUUUUAUAUAGAAACCAGGCUUUUGUAACUAUUUAAGAUUAAGGGGAAAAUAGAUAUUGAAUCACUUGGAUGCUUGCUGUACUUUGUUCCUGCUAGUCAGUUUGAUUUUGAUACAAAAAUAUAAAAUAUUGUAUGUUGCAUUGAAAUUUAUCAUCAUGUUUGAUGUGAAUUUAGUAUUUUCGAGGUACUGGUAUAUUAAUUUAGUAUUUUUGAGGUACUGGUAUAUUAAUUUGGUAUUUUCAAGGUACUGGUAUAUUAAUUUAGUAUUUUCAAGGUACUGGUAUAUUAGUUUCACUUGAAGUGAGGUUAAGGGGGAAAGAUUUUUGAAAGAAGAUUGGCCUUGAUGUGUUUUCAAAACCAAUCAACUUUUGUGUCAAAGUUGAAUGUACAAGUGCAAUGAUUUUGAAUGUUGGUGCAAAUUUUUUUAUGUGUAUUUGGUAUAAAAUCUACUGUAGUGCUAUCACUGUUGUGUUGGCUUUAUACAAUUACUAGUAAAUAAACAUAUUUAUCUUCAG